UUCCUGGGGACGGAUUUUGGAUUUUUCUUUUUGGAUUCAAAGUGAAGGUCAAUGGAGAGAUUUGCGCAACUCCGGCUCCUGCUGCAAAGUUAAAUGCUGGAUCUACACUUCAGCGACCAUUUUUGGCUGUAAAAAUGCUGAGCGGCGUCCUCUUGCUGAGCGUCCUCACGGUCACCAGCCUGUCACCGUCCGAAACGGAGAGCCGCAAAACUUCAGCCUCCAAAGACAUCUGCAAGACCCGCUGCGCCUGCGAGGAGCGCGAGAACAUCCUGAACAUCAACUGCGAGAAUAAAGGAUUUACCACCGUCAGUCAGUUCCAGGCGCCCCCGAAUAAAAUCUCCCAGCUUUUUCUAAAUGGAAACUUCCUGUCUCGGCUCAGCGCCAAUGAGUUUGUCAAUUAUGGCAAUGUCACCUCGCUGCAUCUGGGGAAUAACGGCUUGCAGGAGAUCCGUACCGGCGCUUUUAAUGGGCUCCGCUUCCUAAAGCGGCUCCACUUGAACAAUAACAACAUGGAGGUGAUUAAAGAAGACACCUUUGCAGGGCUGGAGAGUUUGGAGUAUUUACAGGCAGACUAUAAUUACAUCAGCGCCAUAGAGCCGGGCGCUUUCAGCAAACUGAAUAAACUCAAAGUGUUGAUCCUCAACGACAACCUGCUGUUGUCUCUGCCUCCUAAUAUUUUCCGCUUUGUGCUCCUCACUCACUUGGAUUUACGUGGCAACCGGCUCAAGAUGCUGCCGUUUGCCGGGGUGCUGGAGCACAUCGGCGGCAUCAUGGAGAUCCAGCUGGAGGAGAACCCGUGGAAUUGCACCUGUGAUCUGAUCCCUCUCAAAUCCUGGUUGGACACUAUCUCUGUCUUUGUGGGGGACAUCGUGUGCGAGACGCCGUUCAGGCUGCACGGCAAAGACAUCACCCAGCUCAUCAAGCAGGAUCUGUGCCCGCGCAGGAAUGCUGGGGAGCGUGUCCACCCCCCCUCUGACUCUCACUUUCAAGGGGCCCUGCCCCCGACCUACCACCCUGGCGUUAUCACCCCCACCCGCGCCCCGAAAGCCUCCCGCCCGCCCAAAAUGCGCUACAGGCCCACCCCUCGCAUCUCAAAGGACAAACACGUCUUUGGGCCCAUAAUGGUUUACCAGACGCGCUCCCCGGUGCCCAUGUUGUGUCCCAGCGUGUGCGUGUGCACAUCACAGAACCCUGACAGCGGGUUGAACAUCAACUGCCAAGAGCGGAAAUUGCAUAACAUCAGUGAGCUGAACCCCAAGCCCUCCUACCCAAAGAAACUCCACCUGACCGGUAACUACUUGCAAGUCAUUUACAGAGCUGAUCUGACUGAGUACAGCUCUCUGGAGCUGCUGCACUUAGGGAAUAACAGAAUAGCAGUGAUUCAGGAGGGGGCAUUUGAGAAUCUGACAAACCUCAGACGACUCUAUCUCAAUGGGAAUUACAUUGAGUCACUUUCCCAGUCGCUCUUCGCCGGUCUGCAGUCGCUCCAGUAUCUCUAUUUGGAAUACAACAUCAUCAAGGACAUUUUCCCACAAACAUUUAACUCUUUGCACAAUCUGCAGCUGCUGUUCCUCAACAACAACCUGCUGAGGUCGCUCCCGGACAACGUGUUCGGGGGCACCAUGCUAACCAGACUCAACCUGCGGAAUAAUCACUUCUCCUACCUUCCGGUGAAAGGCGUUCUGGACCAGCUCUCUGCGUUCAUCCAGAUCGACCUGCAGGAGAACCCCUGGGACUGCACCUGCGACAUCGUGGCGCUCAAAAACUGGAUGGAGCUGUCCAGCACCAGCGUGGUGGUGAACGAAAUCACCUGUGAUUCGCCCUCCAAGCACGCGGGCCGCCUGCUGCGCUCGCUCCGCAACGAGGCCAUCUGCCCCGAGCCUAGCGAGGUGCCCCCACCACAACAUGCCCCCCCUACAAAAGCCCCUACGUUAAUAAGCCCUGGCACUGAGGCCACCACCCCUUCCUCGUCCUCCUCUUCUUCUUCCUCCUCUUCCUUUAGCUCUGUCAGCCCCACUGAAUCCAGACUCCACACCCCUGAGUUACACCCCGAGGUCCCCCUUUCAGUCCUGAUCCUUGGGCUUCUCGUUGUUUUCAUCCUGUCCGUCUGCUUUGGCGCAGGCCUCUUUGUUUUCGUCCUGAAACGGCGCAAAGGGGUGGAGCACGUGCCAACAGGUGCCAACAACUUAGAUCUCAACUCUUUCCAAGUACAAUACGGUUCCUACACUCCUGAACCGACCCAAGACAAAACAUCUGAGAGCCACGUGUACAACUACAUCCCCCCGCCUGUAGGCUCCAUGUGCCAAAACCCUAUUUACAUGCAGAAGGAUGGCGAGCAGGUGGCUUAUUACCGCAACCUGAAGGAGCUCAGCUUUGGGCCCCUGGACGCAAAGAAGGAUGACGUCCUCACCCGCAGCCCGGGGGCCUACACCAUCAGCACAGUGGAUUUUAUGGAUAAGUCGCCGACGUCGUGCGGUUUGACCACCCCGGAGCCUCCUGAGAUGCUGUAUCAAAACUUAGGGGAGCGGCCCAACAAGGAGCUCCCGACAGUCGCAGGUGCCCCUCCUUUCAAUUACAACUUUUGCACUUUACCUAAGAGACCUUGCAUCGUGCCCCCCUACGAGGCUGCUACGGCCCGGCGGCAUCUCUCCAACCAGGACAGGUUGAACAAAACUGUGCUGUACGGGACCCCCAGGAAAUACUACGGGGCCGAACACCCUUCCAGACACAAUGAGCACCCGCUCCUGCUCCCCGGGAAGCUAAAAACAGAACCAGACUACCUGGAGGUUCUGGAGAAACAGACUGCGAUGAGCCAACUGUAA